AUGCACAAGCAGGAAGUGAUUAACGUACGUCCUUCUCUAGUAUUAUUGUCGGGAGGUGCAGAUUUCCAGCUAAAAAUCUGGUCAUUGAUCGAUGGAAGCAAUCCAGUAACACUAAAAGGACAUACUUCUGCUUCCUCUCGUGAUGGUACUAUACGUUUGUGGAACUGCGGUACAGCGGAUACCAUUGCUGUCGUGGGCUCCUAUAACUGUUCCGUCAGCAAGAUCCUUCUCGCAAAAUUACCAAAACAUAUUGAACCAGCCGAUCCAAAAGCCCUCGAUGAGCGUGAAGUAGAUACGGCUGACUGCAUGGUCAUUGCGGCUCUUGCUGAUGGUUCUGCCAGGUUCAUCCAUCUGGGUACCAAGCAGGAGUUAUUUUCUGCCACGGGCGACGAUGUACCAUUGACAUGUAUUGCAUACGACGCCGAAACUGAGGUAUUGGUUACGGGCGAUCGACAAGGCGUUGUUCGGGUAUUUUGUCUUUCGGAAUUAAAUGCACCAGUUGUGGCGUGGCAGCGCAACGAACAUGCUGUAACCGAUAUCCAGCUCAAACCGGAUGAGGAGGGCAGCAGCACUCUCUGUGUUGCGAAUGCGGAUGGAAGCAUCUAUCAGACAGGCUCCCUUGAUGCUAUUCUCGAAAAGAAAAAGGUUCAAGUCCUCGCCGAGUAUUCCGGCAAUGAAUUGGAAAAUGUACGCGGAUUAAGGGUUAUGGCAUCACCGGCUGGUCAAUCAAGGCUUGUAUCAACGAUCGAAACAGGUCAGAUAUGUUUGUAUUGA